AUGAAAAAGCGCGGUCGCAGAAGCAAUGCAUCGAAACAGAGCCAAAGAUCCACAGUGGGCGCAAUACUAUCUUCCGAUAGCUAUGGUGCGCAUGGCGACAUGGUGCGACAUCGCUCCCAGUCCAUCACUUCAAUGGGCAUGGCACCGCUAUCAUCACACCUAGCUGCCACUGAAGACGACAGGUUCAGGCAGCUACAACUUCCGCCGACAGAACCAGGAACAGCUCAUGAUGAGCGGACUGGUUUACCCAACGGGCCAGACUCGCGCUCAACAUUCGGGUUCCGGCAAGCAGAUUCCUUUUCUCCUGUCGCGUUUCCUAUUUCACCCAGUGCUACUAAUAGCAACGAGAAUGGGCAGCAGCAGCCUAUUCCAUGUCGCUACCCGUGCCUUGAAAGGAUCUUGCCAGGCCUGAAAGGGUUCAUGUCUGCAAAUGAGGCCUGCGACUUGUUGGAUACCUUUUUUUCGGGGCCCGGGAACUCUCUCUCGAGUACCCACAGCCCCUACGUUCUCACUACCGUUCUGCGGAAAAAGUCGCUGCUGCAUAGAACUAAACCGCGUCCUACAUCACCCGCAUUGCUGGCAACCAUGCUCUGGUGCGUUGCCCAGACUGCUGACAGUCGUAUCUACUACGUGCCCGGGGCUCGGGAGCGUAUUACCAACCAUCUAUAUUCUCUCGCCAUGUCCCAUUUGCGCCUAAGGGACACGGACAACUGGCACCGGGUGGCAGGAGGCUGGCAGCUCGAGGAGGACUGUAUGCUGAGUGUGGGCAGCUAUGAAGGGGAAAAGGCACGACGAACAUUCAGUACUGGUCCACAGCCGACGGUAGACGACGUGUUGACCUUUACUCUGCUGACUGUAGUCAUUUCCGGAGGCGUUUUCAAGGCUGACUGUCUCAAAUGGUGGAACAAAGCCGUUGGUCUAGUCAAAUUCCUCGGAUACAAUACCGAACCGGGCAUAGCUGGAAAUAGCGACAUCUCCGAACAUUCCUCCAGCACCAUUGAAGAUCAAGAAGAACGACGGCGAGCCUUCUGGCUAGUAUACGCCCUAGACAGGCACCUGGCACUAUCAUUCAACGGAUCACUACACAUUCUCGACGCCGAAUGUCAUGUCCUUGGUCCCCUGCCCGAGGACAUCUGGCAAGACCUCGAUACCAUCCCUCUCGAUUUACUCCCACGUCGCACCUACGGCCCAUCCACGACUAUAUCCGGACCCGGGCUGUUCGAAUACUUCCUUCCACUCAUGGCCAUCCUUGGAGACAUCAUCGACCUCCGACUGCGGCACCACCACCCUCGUCUUCCGAUCGACAACUCAUCCUACCUCGACGCCAUCAAACAAACCCUCUCCCACUGCGAAUCCAGUCUCGCAGACUUUGCAGACAACACCCUCCCAGGGUCUCCCACCAACACGCGAGCGCAGCUCGUAAUCGCCUACUCAACGUACAUCAUCAAAGUUCUCUAUGUCCUCCUCCACGGCGAAUGGGACGCCAUCUCCAUGCUUGAGGACACAGGUAAUUGGAUCGCCUCGCCCAGUUUCUCGGAGUGUGCUUCAAGCUCCAUCGCCGCGGCCCAAUGCAUCAGUGACAUUCUGAGCGUCGACUCGGAGCUUUCCUUCAUGCCGUAUCUCUUCGGCAUAUAUCUUUUCCACGGCAGCUUUGUGCUCUUGUUAUUCGCGGAGAGAAUGCCCCAGAUCGGACCCAAUGAGUCAGUCGAGCAGGCCUGCGAGGUGAUCAUUCGCGCACACGAGGUUGCUAUCGUGACGCUGAGCACGGACUUCCAGGUUAGUCAAUUUGACGUUUUGCACACAAAACCUCGGUUCGAAACUAACACAGAAGAUGCUGUAGAAAACCUUCCGCAAAGCCUUCAGGUCCAUUCUGUAUCGCGUCAGGCGGCCGGACUCAUUCGAUCCCGAGUUUCAGGUUCUUCGGAAAGAGGUGCUUUCUAUGUAUCGAUGGACAAUGGGACAUAA